CACGCCCCCACCUUGGGACCGACCCGGAAGCGGCCGUACUCCUUGGGGGAAGAUGGCGCCCUUGGGGCUGAAGGCGGUGGUGGGGGAAAAGAUUCUAAGUGGAGUCAUCCGGAGCGUUAAGAAGGAUGGCGAGUGGAAGGUGCUCAUCAUGGACCACCCAAGCAUGAGGAUCUUAUCAUCCUGUUGUAAAAUGUCAGACAUCCUGGCGGAGGGCAUCACCAUUGUGGAAGACAUAAACAAACGGCGAGAACCCAUUCCCAGCUUGGAGGCCAUUUAUUUACUGAGCCCCACGGAGAAGUCGGUUCAGGCCCUGAUUGCAGACUUCCGGGGGACACCGACCUUCACCUACAAAGCAGCCCAUGUCUUCUUCACUGACACAUGCCCUGAGCCCUUGUUCAGUGAACUGGGCCGCUCUCGCCUGGCGAAGGUGGUGAAGACACUGAAAGAGAUCCACCUGGCCUUCCUCCCCUAUGAGGCCCAGGUGUUCUCUUUGGAUGCCCCACACAGCACCUACAACCUUUACUGCCCAUUCCGGGCAGGGGAGCGGGCGCGGCAGCUUGAUGCAUUGGCCCAGCAGAUAGCCACACUAUGUGCCACCCUUCAGGAAUACCCAUCCAUUCGCUACCGCAAGGGUCCAGAAGACACAGCCCAGCUGGCCCAUGCUGUCCUGGCCAAGCUGAAUGCCUUCAAGGCAGACACUCCUAGUCUGGGCGAGGGUCCAGAGAAAACACGCUCACAGCUACUCAUAAUGGACCGGGCAGCAGACCCCGUGUCUCCGCUCUUACAUGAACUCACAUUCCAAGCCAUGGCCUAUGAUCUUCUGGACAUUGAACAGGACACAUACAGGUAUGAGACCACAGGACUGAGUGAGUCCCGGGAGAAGGCGGUGCUCCUGGACGAAGAUGAUGACCUGUGGGUGGAGCUUCGACACAUGCACAUAGCAGAUGUUUCCAAGAAGGUCACGGAGCUCCUGAAGACAUUCUGCGAGAGCAAGCGGCUGACCACAGACAAGGCCAAUAUCAAAGACCUGUCUCAUAUCCUGAAAAAGAUGCCUCAGUAUCAGAAGGAACUGAACAAGUAUUCUACACACCUGCACUUAGCAGACGACUGCAUGAAGCGUUUCAAAGGCUCCGUGGAGAAGCUGUGCAGUGUGGAACAGGACCUGGCCAUGGGCUCUGAUGCUGAGGGUGAGAAGAUCAAGGACGCCAUGAAGCUGAUUGUCCCGGUCUUGCUGGACGCCUCGGUGCCGCCCUACGACAAGAUCCGGGUGCUGUUGCUCUACAUUCUUCUUCGGAACGGUGUGACUGAGGAAAACCUGGCCAAGCUGAUUCAGCAUGCCAACGUGCAGGACCACAGCAACAUCAUCCGGAAUCUGGAGCAGCUGGGGUGCACCGUCACCAACUCUGCGGGUUCAGGGACCUCCAGCCGGCUGGAGAGAAGGGAGCGCAUGGAGCCCACCUACCAACUGUCGCGCUGGUCCCCAGUCAUCAAAGAUGUGAUGGAGGAUGUGGUGGAGGACCGGCUGGACCGAAAGCUGUGGCCCUUCGUGUCUGACCCUACCCCUGUGCCUAGCUCCCAGGCAGCUGUCAGCAGUGCCCGCUUUGGCCACUGGCAUAAAAAGGCUGGCAUCGAGGCUCGGGCUGGGCCCAGGCUCAUCGUGUACAUUGUGGGUGGUGUGGCCAUGUCUGAAAUGAGGGCUGCCUAUGAAGUGACCAGGGCUACUGAAGGCAAGUGGGAAGUUCUUAUAGGUUCUUCUCACAUCCUUACUCCAACCCGCUUCCUUGAUGACCUCAAGACCCUGGAUCAGAAGCUGGAGGACAUGGCCCUGCCUUGACUCAGCCCCUGCCUCUGUGCUCUCCAGUUCCAGAGAAAUAAACUCCUCCCUUGGUCUUUCCCUCAGGGCUCACCUCAUUUGCUUCCAAGAGGGGGCUGUACUGAGCCAGUCCUGCACUGCAAGCCUCCCAUUCUUUACUGUCCUGCUCCGAACAUUUCCCUGGCUCCCAGCCACAUUGUCAGCUGUCAUGAAGUUUGAGAACUUGGGCUGUAGGUUCUGUACCUGCUGCAAGUUUAUAAGGCCCUGGCUAUCUUGCUGGGAACCAUCCAAUACCCAGGGUCCAAUUUUAGCAGACAGAUUGCAGAGGAGAGAGCAGAAAGCUGCAGAUCAGGGAGUGACAGGGCUGGGACCCCAUUGUAACUAGAGUUCUCUAGACUUAUAGAACAGUUUCUAACGUUCCUUUUUAUUUUAUGUGUAUGAAUGUUUUUGCUUGCAUGUAUGUCUGUGCAUAUGCAUGCAAUGCCUGCAGAGGUCAGAGUAGGGUGUUGGAUCCUGGGGACCAGAGUUAUAGAUGGUUGUAGUUGCCAUGUGGGCUCUUAAGAAUCAAACCUGGUUCUUCUACAAGAGUAGCAGUGCUCUUGACCACAGGCCUCUCUCCAGCCCCAGAAAUAGAAGCAGGCAGAGUCAGCCUGAAUCCUGACUUCCCUGCAACCUUCCAGAAGCUAUUGCAAGUGUAACUUGCAGCCACAAUUCCAGGAAUUGGAGCAAGCAUUUAAAACACACAGCAAACAUAUCCUCACCGGCCCAACCCCAAGGUAUGCCUGUAGACUUGAAUUGCAGGUCUCAGAGCGUUUAGUAGAGAUAUAUUUGUUCCUUAGGGUCAACUUAAAAAGUAUCCCCAGGGUCUGGAUGGCUCAGAGGUUAAGAGUGCUUGCUGCUUACAGAGGACUAGAAUUUGGUUCCCAACACCUACCCUGGGUGGCUGACAACUGUCUGUAGCUCCAGCUCCAGGGAUACAGUGCUCUCUCAUGGCUUCAGUGUGAA